GAUGUGGCACAGAAAUUGAAGCCUGUGUGAAAGUGUCUGUCGAGUAGGCCGGCAGUUUUGCCGAUCGAAUUAAAACAAUACGCGUAUAGUUUCAUUCGCACAUUGGAAGGUGUAUAAGGAAGCACAUGAGUUGUUUCGCCGUUGGCACCAACCAAGGAUGCACGUCACGUUAACUCUCCUGAUCUUUGUAGUCGCAUCAGUCACGAGAGUAUUAUCUGAUCAGGAAAAUAGUAAUCUAACGCCGAAUGCAACAAAUUACAUAUGGCCUGAUUGGUGGCAACAAAUUUUUGUCCCAAGACCAUCGACUACUGUUAGACCUGUGCAACCUGAUACACCUUCUGUUCCACUAUCAUGUCCUUCGUCUUGUGAUUGUGGUCUAACAAAUAAACAACACAGAAUUGUUGGCGGAGUGGAAACACAAGUUAACGAAUAUCCAUGGAUGGCAUUAUUGUUCCAUAAAGGACGAUUUUAUUGUGGUGCUAGUGUAAUUAAUUCUCGAUAUGUCCUUACGGCUGCCCACUGUGUAGUUGACAGAUUUGAAAAGAACUCAAUAACUGUUCGAAUAUUAGAACACGACAGAAAUUCAACAAACGAAUCAGAAGUACAAAAUUUUCAAGUUGAAGAAAUUAUUCGACAUGGAGAUUAUUCGACACUAAAUUAUGACAAUGAUAUAGCUCUGAUUAAAAUUGUCGGGCAAUUCAAAUUUCAGGGAAAAAUGAGACCCGUCUGCCUGCCUGAAAAAAGCAAAACUUUCUCCGGCAUGACAGGCGUUGUCACAGGAUGGGGUGCCAUUGAACAAUCUGGACCGGUUUCAUCUGUUUUACGAGAGGUCAUGGUACCCAUUAUGUCGAACGCAGAAUGUCGUACUAGUCGAUAUCCAGCUCGAAGAAUUACUGAUAACAUGCUCUGUGCUGGAUACAAAGAGGGGUCAAAAGAUUCAUGUCAGGGCGACAGUGGUGGACCAUUACAUAUAAAAAAAGGACGAAUACAUCAGAUUGCUGGAGUAGUUUCCUGGGGUGAAGGAUGUGCUCAACCCAAUUAUCCUGGAGUUUACGCAAGAGUUAAUCGUUAUUUGACAUGGAUAGAUCGCAACACAGCUGAUGCCUGUUAUUGUUCACUGUAAAAUCUUUAUCAUAAUUACUUAAUUUAUUCUUGACUAAGAAGUUAAUUAUAAUUGCUGUAGAAUUUUUUAUAUUAUAAUAUUUAAUGCCAUAUUUAUAAUAAAAUAUUUAUUUAUCUUUGUUGAA